GGACCGCGUCUUUAGAAAGGUGCGUUACUGACUAUGUUAGAUACUAAAUUUGGUUCCUAGCUUUGCUUUAGAAUUGAUGUUAACCUAUACCACUGAAGCUUCUGGAGAACGUGAAGAAACAUCUCUAAAGUGGGCCAAAUUACUUUCCGUGCACGAUUCAUUCAUGCAUGAACUUUCUCAGGAAGUAAUUACUAUUGGAUCAUCUGAAGAAUGUAUGAUUGUUAUAAAACAUGAAGAAGUUUCAAGUCCACAUUGCCUUUUGAUGAAAGAUCCAGACGACGUCAUAUGGUUGUACGAUUGUAGCAAGACUGGGACACGUUGUAAUGAUGGCAAGUGGUUACAGCAAGAUUGUGUCACGCUUCACACUGGUGACUAUUUCUACCUUUUAUGGGAUGAAGUAGAUGUGACUAAGCGAGUUGGGUUCUGCGUUCUUUUUGUUGAUGAUUUUAAAGUUUUGGCUUCCUCUGGUGAGUCUGAUAAGAUCAAAACUACGGAACUACCGUUACAACCAUCAUCAUCACAGUUUAUGAAGCCAUCAACAUCAAAUGAUGAUACUGAUUUAGAAAAUUGCUUAACAUGUGUUAUUUGUGGAGAUAUCUAUUUCGAGUGUUGUAGUGUUCAACCGUGUUUACACAGUUUCUGCACACUCUGUUGGUUGAGAUGUAAAAGAUAUGAAUGUCCAAUGUGUCGUAAAUCAGUGUCAGCGUAUGCUAAAAAUCACCAAUUAAAUAAUUUAGUUGAUGUAUUCCUUCGUAAACAUCCAGAGAAGUUAAAAUCUGAAUCCGAACAAAAUGAAAUAAAGCAAGAAAUUGCAAGAUUAACACGCCUUCCAAAUCACACUCGUCGAUACAAUAAUCGAACUAGAAGGAAUAGAGAGAGAAUUACUCUUCCUGGUGGUGACUAUGGUUUACUGAGUAGUUCCUCUGGCGUCUUUCCUGCUGUUCCGACCAUCACUACCACCGCAACAACUCGCAGUGUUUCUUCUGGUCCGAUAAUUAUGCCCACUUCCUUACCGAUGAGUGCUGGUUGUGUUAUAUGUUCAUGGUUACCACCAUCACAUGACCGUCGUGGCAAUAGUAUGACAAGUAUUAGUGGCAUUACUCUUGGCGACCAUGGUCCAAGAAUUGAAGAAUGUUCAGCGCAUUGUUAUUGUACAUGUUGUAAUAGACCAAUGCCUAGUCGAACAACAACAACAAUUCCACAACUACAUAGCAUAAAUCGAACAGAAUGUGAAGUGUGCCGGCGUACAUUUUGUUCUUUAAUCAAUCCAUAUGGAUGUUCAACAUGUGAUGGUUAUUGUUUAUCUCGUGUACAAGAUUUGACUAGAUACAAUUCAAUACCUCGUAAUUUAUUAUUGAAUAAUCGUAUAGAGACAAGGAUUCUUGAUGAUUAUCUUACCUCUCAGGGUAUUUCAAUUCCAACAUUUAUCAAUCAUUGUUUAACAUUUUAUAUUAAUACAACAUCAAUUUAUUCAUCAUGUAUAUUAGAUAGAAAUUCAUUAAUUUGUAAAAAUUGUAGUGAACGUUUACUUAGUCAAUUAGCUUAUCAAUAUCGUUUAUCUAUAUGUCCAAAUGAAUUACCAACUGAUGUCAUUAUUAAACCAAAUUGUUAUUAUGGACAAUAUUGUCGUUAUCAAAGUUAUAAUUAUAAUCAUGCUAGACGUUUUAAUCAUAUUUGUGAAAGAUCAAUUUAAUUUAAUUUUAUUUUCAUUUUCAUUUAAUGAUAUUCUUUCAUAUUCCUUCUUUUCAAAGAAGGGAGAUGAAUACUACUCUUUUUUUGCCAAUAAGUAGUCAUUAGUAGUAUAUACAGCUUCUUUUUUUUCCCUUUUUGUUGUUGUUAUUGAUUUAUUAAUCUGUAUGACAAUCUCUAAUAUAUUUUAUUGAAGAUUUUUGCAUUUACCUUAUAGAAAUUGUUCUAUUUUGUUGUGUUUAAGAGUCAUAGAGACUAAUAAUACAAUUACCAUUUUUUGUUUGUUUUUUUUCCUCCUUUUGAUUAUUUUUCUUUCCCCUUGAGAAAAAAAAUUUUUUUUCAAAUCGGAAUUGUUAAAAUUUCUUUUAAAUAAAUUGAAUAUUCAUCAUAA